AUGCGCCGUCCCCCACCUCGCUGCCCUCCCUGGGCUUCUCUGCCGCUGAUCCCGGUUCCUGGCCCACGGGGGACUUUGCAAAACCUUCUGAAAUGCCGUCCUCGGCGGAGCUAUGGGAAACACGAGUUCUUUGUGGACAUGACCUGUGAAGGCUGCUCCAAUGCGGUCACCCGUGUGCUGCACAGGCUGGGAGGUGUCCAGUUUGAUAUCGACCUGCCCAACAAGAAGGUGUGCAUCGACUCGGAGCACAAUGUUGACACCCUAUUGGAAACCCUAAAGAAGACUGGAAAGAAUGCUUCCUACCUUGGGGAGAAGACGGUGCAGUAGCCUUGCCUGGUGAACUCAAACAUGACUUCAGCAAAAAGAUGGCUUAACUGUUUGCAUAUCUCCCAACUUGCUCUGUCAUUUGACCUUUACUACCCUGCCAGAUGUCGGAAAGCAGAGGGCUGGCAGAAGACAGCUGCAUCUUGGGCUUUAAAAGUGGAGAAAUCUAGAGGAGGAGGAGGUUAUAUGCUGUUUCUAGUCCUGCAGUAAAUCGAGGUGCUGCUUCUAUCUUUCAGUGC